CCUUUUCAGUUCCCGCUCUCAUUCCAGCCAGAGAGAAUGAAGACGAAGAAGAAGGCUUCAAAGAAGCGAAGGACUCGUCGCUCUAAAAGGUCCAAGCUUUCCCACCUGCCAACUCAAACCCAAAAGAGGAGAGUAACUGAAGAAGGGGUGAGCCCUGUUGUUGAGAAGUACUGGUUUCAAAGAUAUGAUCUUUUCUCAAAGUAUGAUGAGGGGAUCCAAAUGGAUGAACAGGGCUGGUACUCUGUCACUCCUGAACAGAUUGCUAUUACACAAGCCCAGAGGUGUCAAAACCCAACUGUCGUUAUUGAUUGCUUCGCCGGCGUCGGAGGCAAUGCCAUUCAGUUUGCUUCACUGUGUUGUCAUGUUGUUGCUAUUGAAAUUGAUCCUCUUAAAGUUGAUAUGGCCAUUAACAAUGCAAGAAUAUAUGGAGUGGAAGAUUAUAUUGAUUUCAUUGUUGGAGACUUCUUCCAACUUGCACCAUCAUUGAAGGGGGACAUAGUGUUUCUUUCACCACCUUGGGGAGGCCCAUCAUACAGAAGAGUGAAGAAAUUUACACUCGACUUACUCGAGCCAAAAGAUGGGUAUGACUUAUUUCAAGCUGCUCAAGCAAUUACACCCAACAUCAUUAUGUUCUUACCUCGAAAUGUAGACUUACUCCAAGUCGAAGAACUUUGUUGGUUGUCUUCUCCUCCUCUGGAAUUUGAGAUUGAAGAAAAUUAUGUGCAUGGCAAAUUAAAGGGUGUAACAGUCUACUUUGGUGGUGCAGCAGCGGGUCAAUAUGGGUAA